ACUGAAGUGUUUAAAAUUUAAUUGUGUUCGGUUGGAGAAUGUGCUCGCUGUGAGAAUCACGGAGAAGAAAAGUGAAUACCGUUACAAGUGCUCGACUAAAAUGUCACUUUUUAAGAAAAAAACCCCGAAGUAUACGCCUCCCCCGGUCCCUCCGACUCCAGCGGAGGAGUAUCAGCAGAACGGAGCGGACAAUAAUAAUGGAACACAGAAGUCCCAACUGGUAUUUCAUUGCCAACAGGCGCACGGCAGCCCUCUAGGACUCAUCUCAGGCUUUUCCAAUGUAAAGGAGUUAUAUGAAAAGAUAGCUGAAUGUUAUGACUUUCCACCAGAAGAUAUUUUGUUUUGCACGUUGAACACUCAUAAAGUGGACAUGAAGAAAUUACUAGGCGGGCAAAUUGGAUUAGAAGACUUCAUAUUUGCACACAGAAAGGGUCGCCCCAAAGAAAUAGAAAUUGUUAAAACAGAAGAUGCUCUUGGAUUAACAAUCACAGACAACGGAGCUGGAUAUGCAUUCAUCAAGAGAAUAAAGGAAGGCUCAAUAGUCUCCAGAAUACCACACAUAGAAGUUGGUGACCACAUUGAGAAGUUAGACGGGGAAAAUAUGGUUGGUAAGAGACAUUAUGAAGUUGCUAAAACACUGAAGGAGAUUCCGAGAGGAACUACUUUUAUAAUUCGGUUAGUCGAACCACUUAAAAGUGGUUUUGGUAGCAUCGGUCCAAAAUCAAGCAGCGCGAGGGCAGGGAAAAAACAAAAUUAUGGAUCUGGAAAAGAGACGUUAAGAUUCAAAGCGAAUGGUCAAGCUACAAUAGAGAAUGAGCACGACGAGAAAUCUAAGGCUGGCAUAGAGAAAAUAAAUGGCCUCCUAGAAUCCUUUAUGGGUAUUAAUGAUACGGAAUUAGCUUCACAAAUGUGGGAGAUAUCAGAAGGGAAGACAAACUCAAUGCAACUAGCCGAAGCCAUUGAUAACAGUGACCUCCAGGAAUUUGGAUUUACUGAUGAAUUUAUAAUUGAGUUGUGGGGAGUAAUUACCGAUGCCAGAGCUGGUCGUCUGAGCUAAAAAAUAUUUUGUGCCUUAAAAUACCGGUGACCAAAGACCCCUAUAUUUGUAUUGAUGUUUAUCCGAGUGAAUUUGAAAUACUUAUUUAGAUAAAUUAUUGAAAACUGAAGAAAUAGGGAGAGUAGAUAACAAUGGAUCACUUUUUUUUUCAAGCUCCACAAAUCCCAAGUUUAUGAGUAAAUAAUUAAUCUAUGAUAAUUAACCACAAGAUAUGUCCCUAAUCUACAAAACCAGGUGCAAUUAUUGCUAAAAACGGCAUAAACUUACAAGUUAUAACAAGUCUUUUAAAAAAUGGGAAAUAAUCCACUGUGACCCGUGGAU